CCGGGGCCUGCGGCUGGUGCGCUCCGGCUAGGCGAGCGGCGGGAGGCCGAGGUGGGCUUGCUGGGCGCUUCGGCGGCGCCGACGGAAGGAGCCAUGUCGGACCAGGAAGCCAAACCUUCAGCAGAGGACCUGGGAGAUAAGAAAGAAGGAGAAUACAUUAAACUCAAAGUCAUUGGACAGGACAGCAGUGAAAUCCACUUCAAGGUGAAAAUGACAACGCAUCUAAAAAAACUUAAAGAAUCAUACUGUCAGAGACAGGGAGUUCCAAUGAAUUCACUCAGGUUCCUCUUUGAGGGUCAGAGAAUUACUGAUAAUCAUACUCCAAAGGAGCUCGGGAUGGAAGAAGAGGACGUGAUCGAGGUUUAUCAGGAACAGACGGGGGGCCAUUCAACAAUUUAGGCUGUUUGCUUCCUCUCUCGCCCUCCCCCCUUUUUUCCCCCUUUGAUCCUUUUUUAUUUUUAAAUAAUAGUUCUUUUUGUAAUGUGGUAUAUAACACUGAAUUGAAAGCGACACCCCUCCCCCCCCCACUCCCCUAACUGGGGCUUUCUUUCCAAGUGUCUGUUCUGAAUCCUUGUACUCAUUUACACACCUGUCAUUUGUUUUCGUAGUGCCGAACUCUUGUGACCCUGUCACGGUUGUACUUCCCCCGUUCCUCCCCGUUUCCUCUUUAGAAAUGCACCCAGCCCACACAGGCAUUUGUGUGUUUUUCAAGCACGUGGACAGAGCUGCUAGAUGGGCAGAAAGGUUCCCCAUAACUUCCAUAUUUGCCCCGAAGAUUCGAUACGACUGUUUACUUGGGGAUUUCAAGUCCACAAGUAAGGUUUUAAAGGAGAUGGAAGUUCUUCUGAAGUCUACACAGUAGGAAGAUCGUGUCCUCAGAUUCAGAACUGUUUUCUGUAGCUUUUGCCGAUAGCCUAGAACAGAGAAGUAUCCAAAUGUUGACGGGAAAGUGUAGGCCACCCCUGUCCCCCCAGUAAUAGAAAUUCAAGAUGCUUUUGUUAAAAACUAUGUGGAAAGAGUCUGCUGAUUUUUCAUCGAUGGAAGAGCCUACACGGGGUUGAAAUUUAUAGUAGUUAAUAUGUGACUUUUAUGCAAUCAGAAUUGGUAACUGUUUGUAUGUUAUAAUUUUUUGGCCUGGGAUGUGGGUUUUUAAUGGAUGCCAACUGUACCUGUUUCUCAUAAAUAAAACAAACCAAUAUGUAAA